AUGUACUGGAUCCAGAGGAAUGACGAGUUGGGCGACGCAAGAAGCGCACGCUCAAACUCGGACGCCGUCUCGGGCUGGCCCUCGCCAGGUGCCGUGGCAGCGAGGUCGACGGCCUUCUUCUUGCCGUUGGCCUUGGCCGACGCCUUGGGGGCGGGCUCAUCGGACUCGGAGUCAGAGUCCGACGAGGGAGAGGGCAGUGGAGCCGCCGGCGGUCGAGACGCGCUUCUGAGCCUUGGAGCUGUGGGCAGGGGCGGUGUCGAUCUCCUCCUCCUCCUCACCGUCAGACUCUUCCUCAUCGUCGUCAUCACCCUCCUCCUCCUCAUCGUCCUCGUCAUCGUUCUCCUCUCCGUCCUCAACCUCGUCGUCAGAGCCAAGAAGCUUCAGCUCCUCGCCCUCUUCAUCCUCGUCGUCGUCCUCAUCCUCGUCAUCGUCACCCUCCUCCUUGACAUCAUCCUCCUCGUCAACAUCCAUGCCGUCCUCCUUUCCGUUGGCGAACUCAUCGGUAAAGUGGCUGGCCUUGAUGCUGAAGUUGAGCUUGCCCUUGUCGGCGUCAACCGACGUGAUGACGGCGCGCACCUGGUCGCCCUCGCGGAAGCCCUUGAGCGCCUGGCUGACGUCCUGCUUCUUGUUGUCCGAGAUCUCCGACUUGUGGCACAGGCCGCUGAUGUUGGAGCCGUCGAUGCGGAGGAAGAGACCGUAGGGCUCGACCUUCUUGACGACGGCAGUGACCUUCUGGCCCUCCUUGAAGUCGGUGAUGCUGAUCUUGGCUCCCUUCUGGGGGCUGGACUUGGACUUGAACGUCAUCUCGACAAGCUCGUUGUCGGCGUCGAUGCUGAGGAUCUUGCCCGAGACAAGCUGGUUGACGGUGAAGCGCGACUUCCAGUCCUUCACGAAGUCGUCGAAGAGCUCCUUGAUCAUGACACGGGCAGUGACGUUGCGGCCGAUCGAGACGAACACGCCGUUCUUGGCGACGCUGCGGACAAGACCACGGAUGGCCUGACCCUCCUUGAGGUCAGCGAUCGAGGCGAUCUCGGGGUCGACAAUCUUGAUGUCCUUGGCCUCGGGCUGGACGCGCGACUUGCGGGUCGAGAGGUCAAUGUUGCGCGCGGCAGCGUCAACCUUGAGGAUGUAGCACAUGACCGUGUCGUCGACGUUGAGAGCGCCGUCGCCAGCAGCGAGGGCGAGAUCGUCGGCAGAGUCGGUAGGCGCGACACGGCCACGGACGUUGUUGCCGAGCUUGACCAUGGCGCCCUGAGGGUUCUUGGCGAUGAUGCGGCCGGGGAUAACAUCGCCGACGACGAGCUCGUCAAUCGCACGAGCGGACGCAGAGACGCCGGAAGCGGCCUUGACGGUGCCCUUGACACGCUUGUUGGCAACGAUAAGAAGACCAGAGGUGGGGUUCUUGGAGACGACAACGAGGUCGUCAAUCCUGUCACCGACCUUGAGCGAGGCACGAAGCUCGUCAACGCCCAUUCCGCGGUGGUUGGAGAGGUUGCUGAGCGAGAGGAGGGCGGUGAGCUGGCUAGGGACGAGCGAGACAACGACCUGCUCGGCGUGGAUCUGGGCAACGAUACCGUUGACCUCCUCGCCGACCUCGAGCUUGGCGGCAGCGAUGGCAGUGGGGAGAGCCUGGCGAACGGAAGCGACGAGCCUCUGGGAGUCCUCGUUAACCUCAGUGAUGCGAACGUUGACGGGCUUGCCGACAAAGAAGAUGUCGUUGAGGUUGACGAUGAAGUUCUGGCUGGCCUCAGACUGGGGAAUGAAGGCGCGGAGACCGCCGAAAAGGUCGACGAUGCAGCCCUUGUCGAGGAUCUUGGACACGACGGCGGGGGUGAUCUCGCCGGCCUUGACAUCGGCGAACGACUUGAGGACCGGGAGGUCGGACUCGACGAGCGACUUCUUGGCGGUCAAGACCACGCGGUUGCGAGCAGGCUCAAUGGCGAAGACGCGGACCUUGAUGCUCGAACCGACCUUGAAGCGCUUCUCAGGGUGCUUGAGGCGGAUGUCGGCGUAGUGGAGGGGCCAGACGACGCCGUCGACGCUGCCCUGGACAUUGACAAAGAGACCCUUGUCGGAGAGGCGGCGAAUGGUACCCUUGAGGACCUGGCCGACCUCGAGCUCGCCAACCUGCAUGAAGACCUGGUUGAGGACCUUCUCCUCAAACGAGAGGAGCAGGACGCCGUCAAGGGGCGAAUGGCCGAUGACACGGGCACGGUGGUAGGUGCCGGGCUUGAACUGGCCGGUAGAGGCCGAGAGCGAGGCGACGCGCUCGUCGGCAAGGUGCGAGAUGUGGGCAAAGCCCUCGAGGUCGUCAUCGGUGCGGCAGAUGACUCCCCAGUCGGGGAUAACGCGGAUAACCUUGACCGACUGGAGGGUCUUGCCGAUGGGGACGGCGAGCUCGAGAGGCGUCUUCUUGUCGGCGGCGAGGGGCGAGGCGAGGUUGAAGAUGUGGGGGAGGGCCGAGAGCGCAAAGCGGCGCUCAGAGGACGCGACCGUGUCGUAGAGGAUACGAGCCUUGAGCUUCUUGCCGAUCUUGUAGCGGUCGUCAAUGUCGGCCUCGCCAAGGCCGAGGUGCUGGAGGUCGAUGGUGCCGUCGAAGAAGCCGGCGAUCUUGACGUUGAGACCGGAGGGCACGACGGCGGUGACGAGACACGAGACGAGCUGGCCGGGGAGGAGCGAGCCAAUGUUGGACACCUCAGUGAUGCUGGAGUGAAUCAGCGUCUGCUGGUUGAGCGAGAGCUGGACGACGCGGCCGCCGGCAGUGAGCGACGCGACAGUCGUGGCGACGAGCUGGCCGGGGACGAGGACCUGGGCUGGGGUGUGUGA